AUGAGCAACUGGUGGUACCGUUCAUCCGCGGAUAUCGAUGGGUCAAAACCAGAAAAGGAUGGCGAAAGUUAUGAAAAAAACUCAUCGUACAAGGCAAUGAGUGGAGAUGAAUCUAAAGAUCCAAGCCAGUUUCAAAGAUCUUUUGAUGGUGCUGGAUUUAACGGGAGUUCAAUUCCAGUUGCACAGAAACGUGAAGGGACUUACAGUGAACGGGUGGCUUUAAGAAGACCAGCUCCACUAAGGCUUUCGUUAUCCCGUCCGUUGCAGAAUGCUAUUUCAGGGAAACAGUCGUCAAAUUCGCCGUUACCAUAUCCAAAAAAAACGCUUCACGUGGAAACAUUGGGACAAGUAAGUAGAAUUAGGCGUGGUAGUGUACGUUCUAUACAAAUUUCAUUGAGUCCUCCGAGUCCUCCAGAUAAAGAUACUCUUCUGGGCAAUUUCUUCCCAUUUUUCGACCCCCCCGUUAGUGGCUUGCUACAAAUCCCGGAUGCCGACGAUUUGCCCAGACUCUCUUCACCUCCUCCAGAUCGGCGGAGUAGUUUUACUUUGUUAUCCGGCGAAUCAGUUUCUGGUGACAUUGUCCAGCAUGCUGUUAUGCUGUCACCCGUUUUUUCACGUCCUGUACGAUCAAUUUCUGCGCAGUAUCCUAUUUUACGUCAAAGUGCGGUGUCCGACAGCGAAUCAGAACUCAGUAACAUCAUUCCUCAGCGUCAACCACACUUUUCUCGUCCGUCGGACUCAUCAUCGUCUCUUCAAGCAUUUCCGCUUUCUCCAGCACUCCCAUUUUCUGGCUCUUCCACCAAAUUAACGGGUGGCUUAGGUAUACGAAGUAGUGGUAGUGGUUCGCCAAGUUCCCUUUCUCGUUGUCUAUUACAGCGAAGUGAUUCUGAUUCAGAUGACAUUCGCCGAAUUCGUGCUUCUCAGCGCAGACGACUUCAAGAGCUUUUGGCUGUUAAAUUCGAUUUCAAGACUGGGAAAAUUUGUGCAGGGGGCCUGAAAUAUGAAUAG